CCUGUUGGCCACAGCUCGCUGCUUCUCUCAUCUCCUGCACUUUACACUUGCAUCUGGACACACAGCAGGUAAGGAUGAUGGAGCUUCAAAUAGAGAAGAGGUUCCACAACUUGACCCUUGAGCAAAUCCAAGCUCUGGACAAGGUCUUGACCGAGGUCAUCCCCAUCCACGGAAGAGGAAAUUUCCCCACCCUGCAGGUGAGAGCGAAAGACAUUAUCCGCGUGGUGAAGGAUCGGCUGGUCGAGAGAGACAUCCAGGUGAAAGACAUACGGCUCAAUGGUGUGACCGCCAGCCACAUCCUGGUGAAGAAUAAUGGCCUGGGCUACAGGGACCUGGACAUCAUUUUCGGAGUAGAGCUGCCCAGGCAGGAGGACUUCCAGGUAAUUAAGGAUGUGGUGCUGGGCAGCCUGCGAGACCUCCUCCCCUGCGGAGUUAACAGACGGAAAAUCACUUGCCUGACAAUGAAGGAAGCCUAUGUGCAAAAAAUGGUGAAGGUUUUCAAUGAGCAUGACAGAUGGAGCCUCAUCUCACUGUCGAAUAACAGAGCUAAAACCGUGGGGCUCAGGUUCGUCAGUUCCCUGCGAAGACAGUUUGAGUUUAGUGUGGACUCGUUCCAGAUAAUAUUGGACCGCAUCCUAGUCCUGAACAGGUGUGGGUCAAGCUCAUGGGCCGGGGCAGCGGGGCAGCCCACCAUCACCAUCGAAGCUGAGUGCAUGUACGGAGACUUUGAGCAGGCGAUCGGACACCUUCGCCAACGUCUCAUCGCCACCCACAACCCAGAGGAGAUCCGAGGGGGGGGCCUGCUGAAAUACAGCGACCUGCUGGUGAGGAACUUCAGGCCGGCCAGCGAGACCGAGAUCAAGUCGUUGGAGCGGUACAUGUGCUCCCGCUUCUUCAUCGACUUUCCUGACGUGAGCGAGCAGCAGCGCAAGAUUGAGGCCUACCUGCAGUGCCAUUUCAUGGGCAGCGAGGAGACGAGCAAGUAUGACUACCUGAUGACCCUGCGACGCGUGAUAGACGAGAGCACGGUGUGCCUGAUGGGACACGAGAGGAGGCAGACGCUCAAUAUGAUCACGGUGCUGGCCCUGAGGGUCCUGGGGGAGCAGAACGCCAUCCCCAACACGACCAACGUCACCUGCUUCUAUCAGCCGGCCCCGUACAUGACGGAGCCCAUUUACAACAGCUACUUCAUCACCCAGGCCCAGCCACCGCUCGUCUACCACCCCUACCCUCUCCAAGUGCACAUGCAGAGUGGCCUGGUGUAG